UAGCAUGGGCAUAGAAGUCGAAAGCAUAGAACGGCCCACACAUUACGAAUCCACUUUAUCGCGUUGUUUCAACCAGGGAGUUCAUUGGUUCCAUAGGCUGGGUUUGACACAAGACAGAGAAGUAGUCAGCCUAAUAACAAACAACAUCAGAAAUAGGAGUAUAGUGACCGAAGCUGGGAAGUGAAGAGGAGGCAAUAAAUAUCACUACCUACCACAGAUACAGUUAGCUUAGCUGCAUGCUAACGUUGGCUUUUUACUAGCUGUUACGUCGCAACGGCCCCGACGACCCUGCAGAGAACAGGCAAAACAACAUAAGGCGAUAAUCAGAAGGCAGGGUUUACAACUAUAUUUCAAUGCUAUUUUUAAAUAAAAGGAGGUUCGAGUAUUAUGUCCUGUUCUGGUAACCUGGUUUGGGAUGUUAACAAGCGCUCCAUUGGAUACAAUGAACCGAAUGCAGUCAGGAUCAACUACUUAGGGAGAAGAGAAUUUGUCCAGCGGCUGAAACUUGAGGCGACGCUCACUGUUCACGAUGGCUGUGUUAAUACCAUAUCUUGGAAUGACACGGGGGAGUAUAUCUUGUCAGGAUCGGACGAUACUAAUCUGGUCAUCACAAAUCCCUACAACAGAAAGGUCAAGGCCACCAUUCGCUCCGGCCACCGCGCCAACAUCUUCAGCGCCAAGUUCAUGCCUCAGACUGGCGACCAGCAGAUCAUCUCGUGCUCCGGGGACGGCAUCAUCUACUACACGCACACGGAGAGGAGCCCGGACAUCAACCGGCAGUGCCAGUUCGCCUGCCACUACGGCACGGCCUACGAGAUUACGACGGUACCCAACGACCCUUACACGUUCCUGUCGUGCGGCGAGGACGGGACCGUGCGCUGGUUUGACCUCCGCACCAAGACCAGCUGCACCAAGGAGGACUGCAAAGACGAUAUCCUGAUAAACUGUCGGCGGGCGGCAACGUCCAUCUCCAUCUGUUCCCUGGUGCCAUACUACCUGGCGGUGGGCUGCUCCGACAGCUCCGUGCGCAUCUACGACAGACGCAUGCUGGGAACCAGAGCUACAGGUAACUACAUGGGCCGCGGAACAACCGGCAUGUGUGUGCGCUUCGUUCCGGCCCACCUGUCCAACAAGUCGUGUCGCGUGACGUCUCUCUGCUACAGCGGGGAUGGACAGGAAGUCCUGGUCAGCUACUCCUCUGACUACAUCUACCUGUUUGACCCCAACAAUGACCAGGCCAGAGAACUGAAGGGGCCGUCUGAGGAGAGGAGGGAAGAGCUGCGCCAACCUCCAGUGAAGCGACUUCGUCUGAGAGGUGACUGGUCUGACACCGGACCCCGCGCGCGCCCCGAGAGUGAGCGGGAGAGGGACGGCGAGCAGAGCCCCAACGUCUCACUGAUGCAGCGGAUGUCAGACAUGUUGUCCCGCUGGUUUGAGGAGGCCAGCGAAGCCCAGAGCAGCCGGGGAACCCCCCGCCCCCAGCCACGAGCCAGAGGAACUCUUCCCCGCAUUGAGGGGGCCCCCACCAUCCCACACCUCCCUAGAACACAACCUCCACAAGAAGCCCAGGCCCCUGGGGGCUCCAUGGAAACAGAGGCCCCCGCAGCCCCCCCUGUACCAGUACCCCUCCCCACGGCUACCUCCCCCUCCUCUUCAGGAUCGGUGGCAACGGUUCCCGCACCUCAUCCAUCAACCUCCUCGUCCACGGGCGGCCCGAUGGGGCUCUCCUCCCCCCCGGAACAGAGUCAGGGGGACAUAGCCGCGACCGCAGCCUCAACCCCUACGCCCGCCACGGAGACAGCACCGUCCGAAUACGGUCCCCACCGCCUGCCGGUAAGUCUAGUGUGUAGGCGUCUGCAGCGGCUGCUCCUAUUGGCCGACCCACCAGGACAGAGCCAAUCCCCUUCCACCACCACCGCCGCCAGUGGGAGCCAAUCACGGGGGGCUGCUGACGUUGCCGCGGCCACCGAGACUGCCCCCCCAACAGAUUCUCCCUCGUCUCUGGUUAACAAACAGCUGGGAUCCAUGACUCUAGAUGAGCAGCAGGGAGGGCCAGAAACUGCAGUGAGUUUGGUAAAGUUAAAAACCCGUUCUGGGUCUGUCAGUGUAGCUGGAACCUCAUCAGGGUCUGGGGCACCCAGCAGCAGUACUGGACCUGUUGGUAGCCGGGCCUCCACGGCAGAACCCGUCCUGAGUCUACACUACAGCACUGAGGGAACCACCACCAGCACCAUCAAACUGGACUUCUCAGAUGAGUGGAGCAGCAGGUCGUCCAGUUCCAGGGGAUGUGGGGGGGCCAGACCGUCGGAGGCACCAGGAGCCGUCCAGACCAGAGAGGGGCCGUCGGCAGAGAGCUCUGCCGCAGAACAAGGAGCAGCUGUUCCGGGCCGGAGCAGAGAUGCCGCUCCCCCGGCCGAGCCAGUGUGUGGGGCUGAGGGUGCCUCUGCGUCCUCCAGCGCUCCGGGCUCCACGCUCACCCCGGCCCCAGCGCAGGCCCCUGCUUCGGGGGGGAGUGUGAGUGCCUCGACCCUGGAGCGGGGCCAGGGCGCCGAGGACACCUCUGGGGGCUGCCGGAGAGAGGAACCCGUCGGGGAGGGAGGACACAGGGGAGCGACCGGGCCCGGUGGGCAGGGAGUUCCGACCGGGCCAGGUGGGCAGGGACAGCCCUCCCGUAGCAACCAGGACUCCGACGACAGUGAUGAUGACCCGAUUCUGAUCCCGUCUGCGCGGUACCGAGGAGGACAAGGACAGAGAGGAUCAGCGGUAGGAGAUAGGAUGAUCAGACGGUCGGCUGCGGCCCGAAUCCAGGAGCUGUUUAGACGGAGGAAGGAGCGGAGAGAGAUGGAGGAGAGCGAGACCCAGAACAUCAGGAGACCCUCCGUCAAGAUGGUCUACAAGGGCCAUCGUAACUCCAGGACUAUGAUUAAGGAGUCGUGUUUCUGGGGGAACAACUUUGUGAUGAGUGGUUCAGACUGCGGCCACAUCUUCAUCUGGGACAGACACACGGGGGAGCACCUGAUGCUGUUGGAGGCUGACAAUCAUGUGGUCAACUGCCUUCAACCACACCCCUACGACCCAAUACUGGCCUCGUCAGGGAUCGACUACGACAUCAAGAUCUGGUCCCCUCUGGAGGCCUCGCCGUCCUUUAACAGGGUCCUAGCUAAAGAGGUGAUCAAGCGUAAUGAGUUGAUGUUAGAAGAGACCAGAAACACCAUAACGGUCCCAGCGUCUUUCAUGCUGCGAAUGCUGGCUUCCCUCAAUCACAUCAGAACAGAUCGCUUGGAGGGUGACCCCUCAGAAGGUUCCGGACAGGAGAACGAGGAUGAGCAGUAGUCAUCCAGAUGAUCGAGGAUGAGCAGUAGUCAUCCAGAUGAUCGAGGAUGAGCAGUAGUCACCCAGAUGCGGUUUCAUUUGGAAAAAGAAAAAAAAACACUAUUUUCUUUGGCUCUAAAAAAAAGCACUUGAAGAUCCUGGGAUUUGUACAAGUGUUCUGUAGAAUAUUUCCUUGUCUGAGCAUUAGUUACAUUUGUAGCACCCAUCUUUUUUAAAAUGACUUUCUUACUGGUGUGUCUGUUUGAUUACUGCAUCUGAGAAAUUAACUGUAUGCAUAAAGCCAGACUAUAUAUAUAUAUAGAGUGGGAAUAUUAUUUAGCUGGCUGGAGUGCGAGGAUGUUUAAAGUGCAAUAUUAUUUUUAUCAGGAGCAAUUGAACUUUGAUCAGUGUUAAGGUGGAAUAUUUCUUAUUUGUAGCGCAAGGCUGAGAGCUGAGGUGUUUAUAUAUGGAGCAGUUAUGCAUGUAAACAUGAGAAUUAUGCUUUAAGUAAACCCUUUUGUUGUUGAACGUC